AUGCGAGAUGAGAACCUCAUCGCCUGCCUGUAUCCGGCAGGCUCCCUCCUGAGCUCCUUUCGAGGCCUGGACACGAUCCGUGCAGCGCCUGGCUCGAUGCGUCUUGCUCCGCUGCUCGAGGACCGCGCCCUUGGCCCGGAAUCGCCCCAGUCAUUGCGCGGCGACAAUCGUGGCUCGAGGGGCCAGAGGGCGGAAGCCGACAAACCCCCACACUAUCACUACAGUCCCGGGAUCCAGCUCCGGUUCGACCAGUUGCGCAAGAACCAGAUCGGCUUCGUGUUUGGGAAAGACGCCAGCUGCGACGUUGUCCUACCUAGGACGGAUAGUCUCCGCGGCAUUGGCGACCGCCAGUGCGUCAUCAUGUUUGAUAUCAGGGGCCGCCUCAUACUGCGGGACCUGAGAGAUCCUCGUCCGGGGAGAGAGGCAACCAGCGUUUCAUAUAGCGGCUUGGGUGGAGACGGGCGCCGUGGCUUCACCUGGGUUCUCUCCGGCGACGACGUAACGAGAAAGCAGAGCAGCAUUAUCAUUUCCUUCCACAGCAACCUCAGUUUCCAGAUUGUUGUGGCUCCCCAUGACUUUCACUCACCUCGCUAUAAGCAAAAGGUUUCUCGAUUUCGAGACAGCACCGUCCAUUCAUCAAAGUUUCUAGACGUCACCCACAAGUACCAGGCGUGCGAGGCGCAGACUGUAACCCCAAGCUCCAUCCUGAUCAAAGACGGGGAGCUCGGCCGAGGAUCUCAAGCCGUCGUCUCGCAAGUCUGGGACGUCAGUACCGGGACCGUGUAUGCUUGCAAGGAACCUCUUGACAAGAAGAACAAGGAACAGUUGGACCGACUGAGGACAGAGGCCAAAAUCCUGAGGCGGAUCAGCCAUGCAAACAUUGUCCGGCUGAUUUUCCUUAGGAAGAGGCCAAUCCCCUUGCUUGUUCUUGAAUGCAUCCCACUGCAGUCCAUGGACGAGCAAGUCAUGAAGAAGCCCUUUUCGGCGGAGGAGACCAUGUCGAUCCUUCAGCAGGGCCUGUCGGCUCUGAGACACCUCCAUGAGCGCGAGAAGCCCAUUGUUCAUCGAGACAUCAAGCCGGCAAACAUACUCAUUCAGUCACGGACGCCUCGAAUUCACAUCAAGCUGUGCGACUUUGGCUUCUCCAAGGCGAGCCGCAACUUCUUGGCAACCAAGGUCGGCACCCCCAUUUUCACUGCCCCAGAAGUAUUCACCGAAGACAUCUUCCGCGAAUCCGUGGACAUCUGGUCCCUCGGCGUCGUUAUCCUGCUGCAAUCCCAUGGCCUCCCGUGCGACGAUGGUCCUCAUUUCGAUGGAGAGGCUUGGGCCUGGAAGAUCGUUUGGUUCCUCAACGCUCUCGCCGAGGCAACGAGCUGCCCCCUGGUCGACUUUCUGACAUGCUAUAUGCUGGUCAAAAACCCUGUGACACGGAUACGGGCGUUUGGAAGCCAGCGGUGGUGA